CUAUAAAUAAAGGUAAUAUAUGCGUAAAUGCUGCUGCGGAAGUGACUUGUUGGUUUGCGAAACCCGAGGAGUCUGUCGCUGUCGAUUUACAGAGACUUGAGUGGUGGGAGCACAGUGCGCACCAACCUCCACUGUUCAAGGAGAUCACAGUCUGUCACGCAAACACACAAAAAUGCUACUCUCUCUAUUGAUUCUGAUUUCCAUUUCUAUCCAUCUUUGAAUGCUACUAGUUCGUCUCGAAAGCUACUUAAGGAGCCCAAUCCAGACCCUCUUGUCCUGCGCUGCGCAGACUUUUGGUUUCGUGAAGAGAGAGCAGGACAAGCAUAGGUUGCAAGGGCAGGUCAAAACGUUUGUUGUUGCAAUUAAUUCUCGAUAUGCAAUGACAUGGUAGUGUCAUUUUAGCUGGUGUUAUUUGAAUUUGCUUUUGAAUUGGAGUAGGGUUUGGAUGAUGGACCCACCCGCAAUGAUGAAUGACGGGUCCUACAAUUUAGGGGAGAUCUGGCCGUUUCAGAUAGGUGGCGGCGGUGGUGGUUUUGGACAGGCGGCGAUGGGGAGAGCUCAGUUCGGACUGGAGCAGUUUGGGGGUUCUGGUGGUAAUGAUCCGCUGAUGUCGGAGCCGACAGGGGCCAACAGUGGUGGUGGCGGCGGGAUUACAAGGAAGCGGCGUGAUGUGGAUGAUGAGUCGGCGAGGAGUCUCUCUACUAGCAAUUGCAACGGCAAUAGUGUGAAUGAGUUUGAAUGCAAUGGGAAACGGAGUAAAUCGUCAGCAUGUAGAGAUGAGAAUGGCGAAUCAAGGGCCAAAGCGGAAACCAGUGCAGGCAAGGCUGCAGAAAAACAAAAUACUCAACCACCAGAAACACCCAAACAAGAUUACAUCCAUGUACGAGCUAGAAGGGGUCAAGCCACUGAUAGCCACAGCCUUGCAGAAAGAGCUAGGAGAGAAAAGAUUAGUGAGAGGAUGAAAAUUCUUCAGGAUCUGGUCCCUGGUUGCAAUAAGGUUAUCGGCAAGGCCUUGGUCCUCGACGAGAUUAUUAAUUACAUACAGUCGUUACAAAGUCAGGUCGAGUUCCUCUCAAUGAAGCUUGAAGCGGUGAAUUCAAGGAUGACUCCUGUGAUUGAUGCAUUUCAUCUUAAAGAUGUUGCUCAGCAAACAUAUGAUACUGGAGGUAUGGCAUUUGGUUCACAAGCUACAAGGGAAUUCAGCCGCGCUUCUUCUCCAGAAUGGCUGCAUAUGCAGGUUGGUGGUGGUUUUGAGAGAACAACGUAAUCCAGCCAACUCUCGUCAAUUAUUAAUAAGGACAUCGAGUGAUGAAGCUUCUUUCCUCUGUGGCUGUGAAAAAUCAUACUCCUAUAUGUUAAAUCAACUGGAAACAUUAUUUCUACUCACAACAAUCUGACGUGGAGCUGUGAUUGCUGUCUCAAAGACUGCUCAAGUUAAUAUCUUAGCAUCUCCCUUCGUUUCUUGUGGCAGGCUUCAUGACCUGGUCUGUAGUAAUACCUGAACAGAACCUCAGAAACAAGUCUUCUUCCUAUAAAAGAAUGUUACUGCUUCUGAAGUUUCAAUUCUUACAUCAUAUGCAAACUUUACUCUUAAGAUUUGAUACUUGUCUAUGUGAAUUGGCUGAAGUUAUGUUCCAUGCAUUAAGUUUUAUUCCACUUAAUUUCAGUUGCUGCUAUUGUCAGCCUCCAGCAUCAAGUUCUUGCA